GGAAGGGGCGGGGAGCGCGCUCCUGCGGCGGCAGCGGUGGCGGCGGCCGUCCUCAUCCCAGCGGCCCAGCGCUCGAGUGCACGCGGGGCUUCGCAAAUGGCUUGUCCCGCCCUGGGUCUGGAAGCUCUUCAGCCUCUGCAGCCGGAGCCGCCCCCCGAGCCCGCUUUCUCCGAGGCGCAGAAGUGGAUCGAGCAAGUAACCGGCAGAAGUUUUGGUGAUAAAGAUUUUCGGACAGGGUUAGAAAAUGGAAUCCUUCUCUGCGAGUUGCUGAAUGCUAUAAAGCCAGGACUUGUUAAAAAGAUCAAUAGAUUGCCUACCCCCAUUGCGGGAUUGGACAAUAUCAUCUUAUUCUUGAGAGGCUGUAAAGAGCUCGGCCUUAGAGAAUCUCAACUUUUUGAUCCUAGUGACCUACAGGAUACAUCCAACAGAGUAACAGUCAAGAGCCUUGAUUACAGUAGGAAGCUGAAAAAUGUAUUAGUUACCAUUUACUGGCUGGGAAAAGCAGCAAACAGCUCUGCAUCCUAUAGCGGAACCACACUGAACCUGAAGGAGUUCGAAGGCUUGCUGGCUCAGAUGAGAAAGGAGACGGAUGACAUUGAGAGUCCUAAACGUAGUAUCCGAGACAGUGGCUACAUAGACUGCUGGGAUUCUGAGCGCAGCGACUCCCUCUCCCCCCCUCGCCACGGCAGAGAUGAUUCCUUCGACAGCCUAGAUUCCUUUGGCUCCCGCUCCCGGCAGACACCUUCACCAGAUGUAGUCCUCAGGGGAAGCAGCGAUGGGAGAGGAAGUGACUCUGAAUCCGACUUGCCGCAUCGGAAGCUGCCGGAUGUGAAGAAGGAUGACAUGUCCGCGAGGCGGACUUCCCACGGUGAGCCGAAAUCAGCAGUGCCUUUUAACCAGUACCUCCCGAACAAAAGCAAUCAGACGGCCUACGUCCCCGCUCCUCUGCGAAAGAAGAAGGCAGAGCGAGAGGAAUACCGGAAGAGCUGGAGUACCGCCACCUCGCCCCUGGGUGGGGACAGGCCCUUCAGCUAUCCUGAGACAAUAGAGGAAGAGGGAAGUGAAGUGGGGUCUCCCUGUGAAGAGGACCCAGUCGGCCAAAUGGAUCCUAGUGGGAAGCCUUCUGAUGGUGGUUUAGAGUUACCCACUGGCGGUGGCAAGGAGCAGCCUCCCCACGAGGGGUCUGUGAUGACACCAGCUCCCAAGUCGGAAGACAAAGAUGCUGUUGAAAUGCAAAAGCGCAGGAGGCUAGAGCAAGCUGGAAUCAAGGUCAUGCCGGCAGCACAGCGCUUUGCCAGCCACAAGCAAUUAAGUAAUGAGAAAGAAGCCGUUCACGACAUUAUCCUUCGCAAAGAAAACCCUUUCCUGACCCACGAAUGUGGCAAAGAUCCGCAGUCAGAAGAUGAAGUUGUGUGUCGACGGCCUGAUCUUGAGAAAGACGAUUUUGCUGCAAGGAGAGUGAGGAUGAACCAGACAAAGCCACCGGUGCCAUUGAACCAGCUCCUCUAUGGGCCUUACCGAAAAAAAGAGGCAGAGAAAUCAGAUAGCAGCAAACAACUCUCAAAGGGAAUUUCAGAAAAGAAAAGUCUAGAAUAUAAAAGAAACCAGGGCCAAACAGAAGAAGCGAAGUCAAUGGUGACCUGUGUUACUCGGACUCAGGAGAGCGAACCUGCAGAAGAAGGAGUGAGGAAGGUGCCAGAUCUUUACAAGGAUGACCUGGCUCAGCGGAGAAUUCAGGGCCACCUUGCCCCUCACCGAGAGGCUCCAAGAUUUGUCACAGUCUCCAGUAUAACAGAGGCUGACUUGGAGACGUGGGAGAGACUGAAAGUGUCAGGAAAGACAAGGGAUGGAGAUGUUGAGCACAUCUGUGCCCCUGAGCCUUCACCAGAAAUUAAAGCAGAAACUGCCAUUCGUGAUGACUUUGCCAGCCGCAGAGCAAGGGCCUAUGAGAAAGCUUCCAGCCCCAGGCAAAAGUUUGUGCACUUUGGACCCGUGACAGAGAUAGAUCAGCAGAAGUGGAAGCGACUCAGCAUCGGCAAGGCUGGGCCUAGGGAGGAUGUAGAAGAAGUCAUGGGUCACGGCAGCAAGAUUGAAAUGAACUCUGUCACCCCAGCCUCAGCGGCCACGUCCGGUUUACAAAAAGACCGAAUGCUUAAUCCGCAAAAUGACUGCAGAAUAGUGGAUUCUGGUGUAGAUGACCAUUGCAAAAGGGUCUCGCGGCUGGCUCCUGUGCUGGAGACCCAGGAGGAGCAUGCCUGCAGUUUGGGCGAGUGCCCAAGAACAGAGGAAGUUACAUGCAAACAGCUGCCGCAGGAUGGCAAAGAGGAGAAAGAAGGAGCCACUCAAAGAGAUUCUGAGACGCUGCCAAGGGCUGAAAGAUCAGAGGAGAGCAGCCAGCCACUUUCUUGUCCCCCAGCCGCUGAAUGCAAGGCUUCAGGGACAGAAGAGAGCUCGGAGAAGAUGACAGCUCCUGCCUGGAGUGGCAGGGGACUGAAAGGCCAAGGAAAGUUGUAUGAUUCACAAAAAGAUGACAUGAUGGUCAGGAGAACCGGGACAUCUCUUAGACGCACUGGAUCCAACGCAAACCAGUUCCUCCCAGUUCCAUUUGCAAAGCAACAGGAUGUGGAGGAAUCUGCCAAAGGUCCGCCAAUGAAAGAUAAGAGAUACGGUCCGAGAACUCCUGUGUCUGAUGACGCAGAGAGCACGAGUAUGUUUGACAUGCGGUGUGAGGAGGAGGCCGCGGUGCAGCCGCACAGCAGGGCCCGCCAGGAGCAGCUGCAGCUGAUAAACAACCAGCUGCGAGAAGAAGACGACAAAUGGCAAGAUGACCUGGCUCGUUGGAAGAGUCGCAGGAGAAGCGCUUCCCAGGACUUAAUCAAGAAAGAGGAAGAAAGGAAGAAAAUGGAGAAGUUACUGGCUGGAGAGGAUGGAACAAGUGAACGAAGGAAAAGCAUCAAAACCUACAGAGAAAUUGUUCAAGAAAAAGAGCGGAGAGAGAGGGAGUUGCAUGAGGCCUACAAGAAUGCACGGUCUCAGGAGGAAGCAGAGGGGAUCCUUCAACAGUACAUCGAAAGGUUCACCAUCAGCGAGGCUGUUCUCGAACGCUUGGAGAUGCCAAAAAUUCUGGAAAGAAGCCAUUCAACAGAGCCAAACUUAACCCCCUUCCUGAAUGACCCCAACCCCAUGAAAUACCUGCGGCAACAGUCACUGCCUCCACCCAAGUUCACUGCCACUGUGGAAACCACCAUCGCUCGCACCAGCGUUCUGGAUACCAGCAUGUCAGCAGGCAGUGGCUCUCCAAGCAAAACUGUCACUCCCAAAGCAGUGCCUAUGCUGACACCCAAGCCUUACUCCCAGCCCAAAAACUCUCAAGAGGUUCUGAAGACCUUUAAGGUAGAUGGGAAAGUCAGUGUGAAUGGAGAAACAGUUCAUGGUGACAAGGAGAAGGAAAGAGAGAGUCCCACGGUGGUACUUGCCUCCUCAUUAACCAAAUCCCAGAUGUUUGAAGGUGUGGCCAGAGUGGAUGGGUCCCCAGUGGAACUCAAACAAGACAACAAUAGCAUUGAGAUCAACAUAAAGAAGCCAAAUUCUGUUCCCCAAGAACUGAGAGAAACCACUGAAGAAACUGAACCCAACAGUCAAGAAGAUGAGAAUGAUGGCAAAGAAACACAGAAAGGGAAUACAGAACUUGCCUCACCAGAGCCACAGCAUUUUACAACAACUGUGACUCGGUCCAGCCCGACUGUGCCCUUUGUGGAGUUUUCCUCGAGCCCCCGACUGAAGAAUGACGUGCCAGAAGAAAAUGACCAGAAGAAGCUGGAAAAUGAAAUGAGUGGAAAGGUGGAGUUGGUGCUGUCACAGAAGGUGGGAAAGCCAAAAUCGCCAGAGCCAGAAGCAACCCUGACGUAUCCAUUUCUGGACAAAAUGCCUGAAACCAACCAAUUACAUUUGCCAAAUCUCAAUUCUCAAGUGGAUUCUCCAGGCAGUGAAAAGUCACCUGUAACGACACCUUUUAAAUUCUGGGCAUGGGACCCAGAAGAGGAACGUCGGAGACAGGAAAAAUGGCAGCAGGAGCAGGAACGUUUGCUCCAGGAGAGAUACCAGAAGGAACAGAACAAGCUGAAAGAAGAGUGGGAAAAGGCUCAGAAGGAGGUGGAAGAGGAGGAACGCAGAUACUACGAGGAGGAGCGCAAAAUAAUUGAAGACACUGUGGUUCCAUUUACUGUUUCUUCAAGUUCUGCAGACCAGCUGUCUACGUCUUCCUCUGUGACUGAGGGCAGUGGGACAGUGAAUAAAAUGGACUUGGAAAACUGCCGAGAGGAGGAACAACAGAUAAGACAGAAGAAACCACUCCAAGGGGACAAAAAUGAUUUAUUAUUGCUCAAGACCAAGGAAGGUCAUUCACUGGAGGAAAAGGGCAGCCUAACUCAAGGGGCCAUGGCUCAUUCUAAGAGUCCUGUAUCAAAAGGAAUCCAUCAGGACCAUCAGCUGGAUACAGAAACUGGAGCCCUACACUGUGGGAUGAACCCACAGCUAGCUCAGGAUCCAUCCCAGAGUCAGCAGGUAUCAAAUCCACCAAUGCACAUUUUAGAAGAUGUGAAGCCAAAAACCCUCCCUUUGGAUAAAAGCAUUAACCAUCAGAUCGAGUCUCCGAGUGAAAGGCGGAAGAAAAGCCCUCGAGAGAAUUUCCAGGCUGGGCACUUGUCCCCCUGUUCUCCCACCCCUCCUGGCCAAUCACCAAACAGGUCUAUCAGCGGGAAGAAGCUGUGCUCGUCCUGUGGGCUCCCUUUGGGUAAAGGAGCUGCAAUGAUCAUUGAGACCCUCCAGCUCUAUUUCCACAUCCAGUGCUUUCGGUGUGGAAUUUGUAAAGGACAGCUUGGAGAUGCAGUAAGCGGGACAGAUGUUAGGAUUCGAAAUGGUCUUCUAAAUUGUAAUGAUUGCUACAUGCGAUCCAGAAGUGCUGGCCAGCCCACAACAUUGUGACGUGGUUUUCAAGCUUCCAGAUUACUCACCGUUUCUUUAUUGAGAGUGUCCCCUGGCAACCGUUUAACAAAAUCCCAAGUGCAGGGGCUGCUCGGCAUUUAUCUAAUUUUUGAAAGGCUAUUCCUAAAGAUGGUAUCUGUUCUUUUGUAGCACAGUGUUUGUGUUCUUCCGGUUUUUGUUUUGGUUUUGGUUUUGAUUUUGAUUUUGUUUUGGUUUUGCAUUUGCACAGAAUAUACAAAAGAAUACUGAACUGUAAUGAUCCUGUAGUUCACAAAAAGAUCUCAGCAUGGGCCACCAGGCUUAUGGUUUCAAACGUGUUCAUUCUCUUCUCUGAGAAUUAAUGAGGUAAAUGAUACAACGUACCUGUUUUAUUUUAGUCUUUCUAGGAAUCAAACACUUCAUGUUUACAGAAUGGAGCCGCAGAAAGUGCAAGGCAUGCCAAUUUUGAGAUCUGUGCUCUUCUGAGACAGAAGCAUACGAUUCAUGCAUUUCGGAAACUAAAAAUCACAUCGUAUAGCUCUGAGCUAUAACUUGUUUUUAACGCAGAGACGCUAGUCUGAUAAUGUAUACUGUAAUCCUGAACCAUUUGUUACUUACCUUUUGAGGUAGAAGUCAUACCAAUAAAUUAUUGCACCGUUAGUGUUAGAUUUUGUGUGCUUUGGAAGUUACGUCAUUAAUAUAGGCUGGUCUAUAUUAGAUAAAGAGAACCCUCCCAAUAUCGGCUAGACAUACACUCUGGGACAUUGCCCAAGGGUAGGAAGGAACCAUAGGGAAAUAUCUCAGUCAUCAUUUCCAAAGUCAUCACCAAAAUCUGUGAGGAAGUGUAAUCUUGAGAAGAGUGGUGGGCCAGUGAUAGCCGUGAGAGCUUCGGUGCCGGCUUCUCUUCAGGCUGUAGAUUGACUAAGAGACUCAAUAGGGGGCAUACGGAAGCUGUCAUCAAGAUCAGUCUGUCGUUAGGUGUGGCCACUGCGCUCCCUUGCCUGCAAGUUCUCCUUGAGGGCCUGAAGCACAGGUGUCUAAAGAAAAGCAUUAAGUCCCUCCUGGUAGGAUCCGAUGAUAUCUGUUGUGAUAAGCCACUGACGUGUGAUCAGCAAGAACCUACAGUUCACAUCGUGCCCCACCCACUGCAGUGGACGUCUGGUCUCUUCCAUUCUCCUUUAUCACCAACUCUCUUUACUAUCGAGAAUUCUGGACCUUGCUCCUGGAGACGUUUAGAGAGGAACUCUUGUGGAGAGCUGGUUUACUUUUUGCCCUGUGUGAUGAGUUUCAGCUGGCCAAGAAAGGAAUCAAGUUACUAAAAAGCAUCACGUUUUAGAUCUCCAGGCUGUUUUCUUUAAGACUGGGGAAAGGGGAACUAUUUAUUCUGCCUUAAAAUGAUGGCAAAUAAGUGAGGAUGAUAUUUUGUGAAUGUAGACUAUGGAUAUACUCCUAAUAGGUUAAUGUAGUCAUAAAAAGAGAUCAAGUAGCUGUUUUUCUGUUGUGUAAGCAAUAAUUUUUUUCUGUGUCUUAUUUGGUAUGGCUAGCAAUUAUUUAUUUACAUGCUAGACUGUUCUCUGCAUGCGGGUUCCACGUAAGUGCAGAAAUUUCCUCAGCCACUGGAGGUAUUUUGACCAUUUUGUCAUUUGGAUGAGCUAUUGUUAGAUUGAAAUUUAUACAUCAUUUCAUUAAAAAAUUGUGCCUUAUAAAAUGCAAAGCUGUUGCACAUAGUCAGUGAUGAAUUAUGGAUGCAGUACAUUGCGGAGAUGAAGUCACUUCCAAGUCACCAAGACUUCCCAUGGAGGUGUUUGCUGUCUUACAGGAAAAAAGAAAAAGAAAAGAAAAAAAAAAAAGAAAAAGAAAAAUAGAAAAAAAAUUAAAAAGUAAAAAGUUUUGAAAAUGUACAGAUUAAGUUCAAUAUUUUGAUUAACCACCUGCAUGUUUUAUUAAAUAUUUUGAUAAUGUGGAUGUUUACACUUUGCAUGAUAUUAGCAGAGUACUUUACCACAAGUAAUGCACAAAACAUGUACAAUAUGAUCAUUCAUAACCAAUUUUUAUAGAAUACUUUUUACAUGUGGAACUCAUCCGUUAUGUAAGGAUUAUAUGAAUAUUGCACAUUCUCUUCUGGUUUCACAAACCCAUUUAUACAUAUUUCUUAGUGAGACUCAUUGUACAUGUAUUGAAGCCUGAAUCGAGUCAAGAAAAAUAAAGCCCCAUUCUCCCAACUGCGAAAUGUGCUUUCCCAUAAUGAACAAUAGUCACCAGCACAGAAUAAUCUCCAACAUUUUCUAAAUUCUAAUUGCCAACUGUUUCUAUUUAUAUUUGAUUUAGAUUUCAUUUGGAGUCUGUUACAUGGCAGCUUGGGCAGACUAGAUCUUGUUUUUUCCAAUGCAGCAUAAUGAGUAUGAUCUAUUUCUUUUCAAAUAAUCUUUGAGAUCCCAGGGAAAAAAAAAAUGCUCUGCUCUGUUGAGCUACAAUGUAAAUGUGUUCGUUUAAAAAACAGAUGAGGCAAGUGAGUGAUUUAUUGUUCCUGAGGAAAUAGAUCUGAUUUUUUCCCCUCAUACUCCAAAAGCUAGUCCUUUCUCUUCCUUAAGGAAAAAUGGGUCACUCUUUGUUUUUCACUAGCAAAUUUUCAUGUCAUUUCCCCAUUCUUUCUAUGUAGUGUUAUUAAUGCAAUACAUAAUAUAGUUAUCUAUACACAAUGUAAGACUUAACAGACUGAAACGAUCCACCUCAUGUGUGAGUCCGUCCAAAAGAUGUUACUGUUCUGGGUGGACCAAUGUUCUAUAUCAGUUAUACUAACCUUCAUUUAAAAUAUUUAUUCUAAAAUGCCUCUGAGAAAUAGUAAAAAAAAAAAUUAAAAGUUGUCUAAAAUGCAACAGCUUUUAUAGUAAAUGUACAUUUAUAAAUAAAAUACUCAAAUCAA